AUGCAGCUGGAGAGCAAGAGGAACGUGUUGCAGCUGUCGUCGUUGAACCACAUUUCUCUAGUCUGCAAAUCAGUGGAUCAAACCAUUGAAUUCUACAUAAAUGUUCUUGGAUUUGUGCCUGUCAAGAGGCCUGCUGCUUUGCAAUUUCCAGGGGCAUGGCUGGUUGGCCAUGGGAUAGGGAUACAUCUACUUCAAACAGAGAAUCCAGAAAAUUUUCCAAACAAAACUGUGAUUAAUACCAAAGAUAACCACAUUUCCUUUCAGUGUGAGAACAUGGGCAUGGUGGAGAAGAAACUGGGAGAAAUGGGGAUUGAUUGGGUGCGGCAGAGAGUAGAAGAAGGCGGGAUCGACAUGGAUCAGGUGUUCUUCCACGAUCCGGAUGGAUUCAUGAUUGAGAUUUGCAACUGCGAUAGCAUACCGAUUAUACCAUUGGAUGGCAAGAUUCAUAUGCCUUGUGCAUUGAACAAGACGAGGGUGCAGCACCAGCAGAUCCGCGCCCUAGCGCCUAGGCCAAGGGUCGGGGCCAAAAUUUUGAGCGAGGGGGGCGAUAUUAUUAUUACUAAUAAUUAA